CAUCCUGUGUGAGCCCAUUUGCCCAGCAUAUCCCUGGGACUAAGGAAGCAAGUUGCGAUAAAGGUAAACUUCAAAACUUCACUGCUGCUGCCUGCCAGAUGAGCUUGUUAAGGUCGUCUGCCUCCAAAGCCUUUGCUCUUCACCAUCAUACUGCCUUUCAGGGCUCUUCCUAGAAGACAGCCCCUGCCAGCUUGUACAGAAAUGGACGUCUCACUUGUGACAGAUGGAAAGCUGUGCCCAUUCCACAUCCCUCCUGAAGGAGAGGGUAAUGAAAAGUGGAAGAAGCAGAGGAAAGAAAUAAAGAGGUUGACCUAUAAAUAAAACGAAUCUAUCAAGUAAAGGGCUUUCAUGAAGAAAUUAAAGUGAGAAAUUACAAUUAAUGGAGAAACUAAGCAUUUGCAUACUGAAGAAACCACCUCUUCAACUGUGCAAUAAGACGAAAGGAGUGAAAAGAUCGGAAGAAAUUUUGCUUAGUAUGACAUUUUUGCCCAGCUUUUUAGCAUAAACAGCUGCUAAGGAAAAGAGACUAUCAUUUGCUAGAGAAAGAGCGCUAUGUAAAAAUGGAGACCCCAGUUUCUGAGAUUCAGGUAGAAAGCAAGGAAGAGAAGAAGAGAUCAGCAAAAGUUAGUCCUCAGGAUGAGAGGCAGGAGGAAAAAACAUCAACACUUUGCUUCAAGAGAAGAAAGAAAUCAGCCAAAGCAGUGAAGCCCAAAGCUAGCUCUGAAGCUGGUGAUGUGGCAAUGAAAUGUCCCUCAGAAGCAGGAACUCCUGAUCAGCCACAGCCCCCAGGGGGGACCUGGGCCUCAAUCAAACGCCUUGUGACACGCAGGAAAAGGUCCAAUUCUUCAAAGCAGCAAAAGCUCUUUGAGGCGAAAGUGCAACCUGAAAUCAAUACUGAGGAUGCUGCUCUUGCUAAGAAAAAGGCAAAAUCCAGACUUAAGUUUCCCUGCAUAAAACUCUCAAAAGGGGAGAAAAGAAGUAAUCAUUCCAAAAUUAUAGAAGAUGCAGACAGCAGCAUCAAAGUUCAGGCAGAGGCUGAAAGGUUGGAUACAAAAACCCCAACCCAAUCAGAUGACCAGGCAACAAAGACCAAGUUGACCCCGGAUGUAUGUGGAGAUGUCUCUCAGAAAGGGGGUGAUGAGGUUUGUGAAUCAAAUGUGAGCAACAGCAGAACUUCUCCUGGGGAGAAAGUUAUUUCAGUAGAAGUUGGGUUAGAUACAGGGCAUUUGGCUAUUCAGACAGGAACUCUAAUCCUUGAAAAAGAUGUUGAAACGACUGAGGAAGAAGAAAGUAUCCAGACCCAGCAAACAAGCCCACUGGAAACUUCAGAAGCAGAACAUCAGCUACUGGUGGUUUCUGAUGCUCCCCCCUCACCUGCAAUCCCAGAUCAACAAAUUGUGGAAGAAGCCAGAAACAGUAUCCUAGAAAGCAGACCAAACUGGAAGGACCAUGAAAAUGGAGAGAAUGUGACUGAAGAGAUUAAGCCAAAAGAUACUGAACUGAGCCAGGAAUCAGACUUUAAAGAAAUUGAGAUCUGUGCCGAGAAACCCAAAACAGAAGAAAUCAAAAGAAUUGAGCCAAUUGCUAUUAUUAUUACAGACACUGAAAUUAGUGAAUUUGAUGUUAAGAAAUCUAAAAAUGUCCCGAAGCAGUUCUUAAUGUCAAUUGAAAAUGAGGAAGUAGGGGAUUUUGCUCAGUGUGGUUUUGAGGGUAGAACUUCAGAACAGUAUGAAACACUCUUAAUAGAAACAGCUUCUUCUCUUGUCAAGAAUGCUAUCCAGUUGUCUAUAGAACAGCUGGUUAAUGAAAUGGCCUCUGAUGAUAAUAAAAUAAACAAUCUUCUACAGUAACUCAAUUUCCAAAUCAUGGGAGGGGAAAAAAAUGUUUAGUGAUGAAUUAUUUUACAUAUCAGUGGCAUUUCUUAUUCAGUAACAAAUGAGAGGUUUUCAUCUGUGGAAUUUAAAGGUAUAAUUUCAGCCCAGAAGUGCUGAAGAAUUAAUCAAGAGGAUAAAACCCUGCUUACCACUAAAAUGCAGUCACUUCUGGAUGGGGAAAGUCUGUACAGAUUGCAAUGCCACGUGACAUACAGGGAGUUGCUAAAAUGGCAUGUGGAGAUGGGGUGCCUGAGGGAAAGGUGUGUUUAUUGAGCACUUACAAUAUGCCAUAAUCUCUUUAAUGUCUUUUGAUGUCACAGAGCCUGGUUUCCUUUUGAUAGUUCAACUCUGUGUAUAGGUUAACACUGCAUUCAGUUUUCAAAAACAUUUUAGUUACAGUGCACAUUUAUGUUGUUUAAAAUGGUAAAUAAGGUGAGCUUUGUGGUGUGAAUGUGUGCAGAAUACAUGUAGUUGAAUUAAACAUGAGUGGUUUUCUGGUCUUGUUCAAGCCCCUUAAAAACAAAAGCCAUUCACAAAUUACUUCGAACUGGCAAAUAAUUACCAAGUGCAAAGCUGUGGGAACAGGGAGUGCAUUUUUGCUCUCCAUCUCCUGCCCCAAACAGACUUGUAUAAAUCCAUUUCUGCAUGGGAUCAUCUGAUGAAAACAUAAAAACAAACAACAAAAAUAAAAAGAGUGGAAUAUUACUUCCCAUCCAGGAGAAGGCAAACUUCCCAACAAGUCAUCACAGAUAGUAUCGAUUCAUGGUGCAGGAUUACUUCUCUAGAGACCAUAUUCAUCAACUCUCCUCAGAGUGGGGAGAGUGGAUUUAAAGCC